AUGUCUUUUAGUUGCUUAAAAUGCUUUAUCGAUGGCUGUGUGAAUUGCCCCAUAUUACUCUGCAGAUGCAAAGACCCCGCAGCAUUUUUUUGUGAAGAGCAUUUUACACCUCACAUCUUAGAUGAACUACGCCUAGAGCAUCAUUCAGAAAGAAUUUCAAUAGAAAUGAAAUCUGUAGAACUAAGGAAAAUUUUAACCGCGAAAAUCAAUAAAAUCAGAAAUAGAAAGAGCGAAUUUAUAUCAAAUUUGCAUAGUUUUAAGCUUUAUUUAUUUGUAUUAUAG